CUCAUAUUCUGGCAACCCUAGCACAGCGGUACAAACAAAAAUCUACACGGAACACGAUUGAGGAAAAAGAUAAAGAUGCUUCCAACGGGAGAUGUUCAAGGUGGCCUUCGUAAACUGGAAUCUCUUAUUCGUACAAUAAAAUACACGGGUCCUGUCAACUAUAGCAGCCUCACGAGUGGAGACCCUGCAGCUUUUCUUCCCAUUGUCAGCCACACACUCACUUCCUUUUCUCCCGUGGUGACUGAACAGUUGGUGUCAUCUGGAUUUGAACUGACCGGAAAAACUGACCUAAGAUUCAUAGAGACUGUCUAUAAGGUGUUGAGAGAUGUUUUCAAAUAUAAGCCAGUUUUAACCAAAGAGCAGUUCCUUCAGUGGGGAUUCUGUCAAAGGAAGAUUUCUGUUGUCUGUGAUAUCAUCAGUCUGGUGCUGCAGAGACACAACCAACACAAGAAGGCUAAACCUAAAUCCAGAUUUCCUGCUUCACACAAGAAUGUCAAAGUAGAAACAAUUUCCUUUGCUGAUCUGGAAAAUGCCGUUCCUGCUACGCCUUAUGUUGUGAACCAUGUAGAAUGUCCAUCCACAAUUCCUGUGACUUUCUCCCAUAAAGAGACGUCUUCCUCAAAGAUCGUGACCCAUUCACGUCCAGUUGAAAGAUUCAUUUCUCAGUCUUCUGAACACAGGGUCAUAGAGGUGACAGGGAUACAGGAGGAGGAGACUGCUGACAAACAAUGUUGUGUGGAGUUGCAGGGGAGGCUUUCAGCUCUAGAAACCCGAGUUGAGAACCUUGUUUCUGAGCUGGACCGAUUUGGUGUCCUGGAGAAGCGCUUGGAGGAGCUGGAAAGACUGAACAACAAAGAUAAAACUGACGAACAGCUUAUUACCAUAUCCAGAGAGACAUGGGAAAAUCUGCUUAGUCGUGUUUUACUGUUGGAAACCAAACUGGAGCUGAGCAGUGCUAAGGAGAAUGUCCCUCCACCAUACCCAGCAGCAACAACCUCUUUUGUCCCGAAUGUUUCAGUUGAUGUUCCACAGCCCAGUGUCAAAUGCUCCACCUUGAGAGAGAAUGACAGAAAAGAACUGGAUCAGCUCACUUUGACAGAACCAGACAAUCAAGAUGAUCUUAAAGAAAGACUGGAGAGGAUCACCAACAUGUUGAAGAGCACUUCUAGUCUAUUGAAGAGCACUGACAACUACAGUUAAUUAUGUUGUUUCUUACUAGUGCAAACUUCAGCACAUUCAACCACUCACUAGGUUCAAUGACUGAAAUACCACAGUCAUUUAAAAUUUGGUUUAUUUUGUAUUAAAUCAUAAUGAAUAUAAACAUAAAUAUUUUUUAGUUCAUGAGAUUUCAUACACUGGUACUUCACUUUUUACUGCUACAUUAACAAUUGGUAAGAUUACUAAAUAACCAUGAAAUUAAAAUGAGAUGAUUAUAAAUAAUUGA